AUGUUUCGCCUCAUUUUAACAUUGUACUACGUUAUAAUAGUGGAGUCGUCGAACGUCACAAAAAAUGACAUCCAAGUUGAAUCGAAAACAGAAGAUAAACAGGACAGUGGACCGUCAUUGACCAUUCUAGAAACUAGAAGCACAUCAUUCUAUCCAGAGAGAAAAGCCAUAUUCUUGGAGAGUGAUGAUGUAGAUAGCUCAGAAUUCGACUCGGAUUCUUAUAAUGAUGACAAAAAGAGAUAUAAUGAUUCUUUAUAUGAUCUGAGCACAUCGCCAAUCAUCUUAACAGAAAAACCAUCUAAAAGACACAAAAUACUUAGCAGACAUCAUGAAAGACAAAAAAACAAUCAACGGCCUUCUCCUUAUAAUAUCCCUGAUGACAAUUCUGGUGAUGAAAAAUACUAUACCGUACAUUCUGUAGAAACACCAAAGAAAAUAUAUGAACGUGCCGAUAGUGGUUAUAGCGAUGCUAUUUCGUCAUCUGAUGAAGAAGACACCAGUUUUCCAAAAGGUUUUACUCAACCUUUUAAAGAAAAUGAUGAAAAGUAUAUCGAGAAAACAAAAAGAAAAAAGAAAAGUCAAUAUACAACGCAAGAGGAAUCAGACAGCGCAAGUGAAUUGAAUGAAAAUGAUAAAAAUAAAAAGAGACAUAAAAAUAUAGAAAGAGAUCAUAAUCAUAAAAGAAAUAAAGUAAAAUAUAAGGGUAAUCCGCAUGAUUCUGAUGACCGGUACAAAAAACCAGAAAGACUUUUAAAUUCUGCUAAAAAUAGUUCCACCAAACCAAAACAUCUAGAGAACAAAAACCGAAUGGAGAAUAUAACCAAAAUAACAGCAAAUGAAAUUAACAAGCAUCGUAAUAAAACAAACAAUUUUAUGGAAGUAAGAGUAGAUUUGUCACAAGUAAAAAACAAAUUGAAUAAUUUACUUAGAAACGUAAAUUUUGAUGAUUUCUAUAGCACACCGGCAGUUUUGCCACCAAAUAAUCCAAAAAUAUCAACUGAGAUGCCAAAAGUUUUAAGAAAUUUACAAAACGUAAAAAAUGACACAAAAGUUGAGUUGGCAAAUCUUUUUAAGGAUCUAAAUCAAGAAUCACAAAGAAUAAAAGAUAACGAUACAAUUAAUUCAUUCACAAAAUACAUCCUUCAAAGCACUUUAAAACUGUUUGAUAAUAUGAAAGACAAGAGUACAGAAUACAGAUGGAAGAAGAAAAUGAAGCAUCUGGCUAAAAGCUAUGAAGACAGAUUCAAUGAAUUUCUCAGAGCUACAAAACAUCAUACAAUCAGGACUAGAUUGGGGACUAGAAAAGUUAUUUUAAAUGCCAUCGAUGUCUCAAAACGUAUGGUAAAUAGACUGAUUAAUUUCAUGGCAAACGAUAUGGAAAAAAGAGGAUUAGUAUACAAUAAUCUAACUCUUGUUAUGUUCAGAGCUGAAAUAGAUACUGAAGAGGCGAAUGAGCUUAAACGUGCAUGCAAGAAAUUAGACAUUUGUCAGGCCCAAAAAGGUUUUACAAACUUUAUAACAGAUAUGCUGUUAAAAAUGUUGACAGCUCCAAAUGAUAAAUUCAAGACAGCAUUCGAUGCAAUAAUUGAAUCUGCAAGAAAAACAGAUUUUGCCCUUAAUAAAAGUGUUGAUGAAGGUAUUAAGAAGAAAAUUGAUUAUUGUGGAAGACAAAACGUCAACGUUCAAAGAGGGAUGAUUAUGAUUGUUUCAAAUAUGAUAAUAUAUAGAAAUACUCCGUUAAUUGUAUACGACGAUAGCAAUCCGUCUGACAGUAAACUUAAAUCAAACUUAUCGUUUCUAGAAAUUAUUAAUACGUUUGAUGAAAACGUACCUAAUAACCAGAAUAAUAUCCAAGAAUGGGAUAGUUUAAAUCGUGAAAUGGAAGAAUGGGUUCAAGGCAGAAAUGGAAAUGUACAGAAUAUUAUGACUCGUUUUAUGUCGCACAUUAGUAAUGUGAUAAAAGAAAUCGAUUCAAAGGCGUGGGACCUCAUUUUACAGAAUGCUGAAAUAUUAUUUUUGUGA